UUGAGGGCGCUCUAACGCGGAAGUGAGUGCGGAAGGAUUACUAGCUUCCUGAAAGUAGCAGGGGUUCUGGCUACUCUUUCUGUAACAUAAUAAGUUUACAAGACGUUUAAUCAUGUCGAAAAACACGGUAUCGGACCGCUUCAGAAAGGUUGACGUCGACGAAUAUGACGAGAACCAGUUUGUGGACGAAGAAGAAAAAGGCGGAGAGAAUCAACUGGGUCCAGACGAGGCCGAGGUCGAGUCCCUCAUCAGACAAGGGAACACGAUGGGGGCGCUGCAGGCCGUACUAAAGAACCCACCAAUCAACACCAAGAACCAGAACGUCAAGGACCGAGCUGAGGGUCUGGUACUGAAAGUCCUCACUGCCUUUAAGACUAGCGAUAUCGAGAAAGCGGUACAGUCACUGGAUAAGUCUAAAGUGGAUCUGCUUAUGAAGUACAUCUAUAAAGGAUUUGAACGGCCAUCAGAGAACAGCAGUGCAGUGCUGCUUCAGUGGCAUGAGAAGGCACUUUCUGUAGGUGGUGUGGGCUCCAUUGUGCGAGUGCUCACAGCUAGAAAAACCGUGUAACACACUCCAGCAAGAUGCCUUGGCAGCGCUGGCACAGGGAUUGGCUGGCACAACCUCAGCGCCAGGCUCAUCGUUACACUGUGGAGGACGUCAGCCUCUCUCUCUCUCUCUCUCUCUCUCUCCCUCUCGCUCUCCUUUCUUGUUCUUUUUUCUGUGAUUUUCUACUCUCAUUACAUUGCUCCUGUUCUGGGUUUUGUCCAGAGACGACAAAGCACAACAGCUCAGAUCUGUAUAUCACCUGAGCAGCAGCAUUCCUAAGUGGAUUUGCAGAUCUGAUCUCUGUUCUUCACAUGUUUACAAAAGCAGAUGUUCCUUUAACUCCAUCUGCUCCACCUCUUACACCCCAAGAAACUGUUAAAAUAGCUUCAAAUGAAUUAAGAUGUAUGUAAUUCUGGUAUAUUAUUAUUAUUAUUAUUAUUAUUAUUAUAUAUACUGGAACGUACGAGUGUUCCAGAUAUGGCCGUAGACUGUUGUCCUGUAUGUUUUGUUAUGUAAGCUGAAAUGUCAUACAGUCUCUCACCAAACAGUUACCUAAUGCUCAUCAGCUCAUAUAAGGGCAUGGAUAGCAUACAUGCGUGCUUAGGAAAUCUGCAGGGCCUGAAUACAGUGUUUUGGCACUUUUGUGUGUCACAAACUGACUUACAAACUAUGCCUUUAUCUUGCAAGCAUCUGACUAAUGUUAAAGGAUUAUCCAAAAUAAAGACUGUGUUUGGUUAAAACUAGUGGUAGGACGGUAUAGUGUUUAAAAAAAAUAGGUACACGGAGCUUCGGGGUACUGAUAUGCAUCACUUAUCUAGGUGUAAAUAUCCUUGUGUGAAAAGUCCUAAAAAGUUUUAAACUGCAUUUCUCUACAGUAAAGUACUAAAUGCUAGGAGUGGCAACAUGCAACAGUGAAAAACUGAACCAUCAAACAGCAACUGCAGCUCAUUUGUGGUUUAUGUGGUGUUAAAAUAUGGUCUUGUUAACAAGAAACACCCAUGCAAACAGCUUUCCAGCUUUAAAGAUGUCAGGUGUAACAGCUGAGUUCACAAGAUGUGAUACAAUAUUGACGUUUCUCGUCAUAGCCGAGCCUGUGGGGUUUCAGAUAGCACUUGACACUGUGCUGUGAGAGUUCUUUUUAGGUGUCAGUUCUUACAAAUCCAACAUCACAUCUGUGGAAAAAGGUGAUAUUCUUGAUAGUUUAUUCUUGAUUCCACAGUCGCUAAACCUUUAUAUUGUCCGUAUAUAAAACUUACCGUUUAGCAUAUUAAAUAAACGACUUCCCGUUUUGAAACUUAUUAAAUGCACGUGAUGAUCGUAUGAACUUCGUACAGUUUUCCUGCAAUACCGCUCCAACCAUGAGUUAUAGCUGAACAUUUUCAUUUUGGCUUUAUUUUAUUAGACACCCUGUUCCUCAUGGAUUUCAUUUUAUCAACAACAGGACAAGCCAAAGACUGCUUCAGCAUCAGCAUGUAGAUUUGAUCAAAUAAAAUCCAUUGAGUAUUGUACUGAAACAUGUUUAUGUAUAUCUUGAUCACGUUUGGGUGUAGAAGCUGUUUUCUGAGAGGCUAAACACAAACAUAACGAGCAAGGGUAUGUGUGUGUGUGCGUGCUUGCAUUCCCUCUAUAUUGUGUGGAUUUGGGGAAUUGCUCUUAUUGUAGUCUUUAUGUAGUCAAUCAGUGAAGCCAUAUGUGAUGAACAGACUGACAUGGCCAUGUGUGAGAGUUUCUAGUGUUUUGCAUAUCAAUCAUUUGAUCAAGUGCGAAUAUAACGUAACAGUUUACCAAUUGCCUUAUGAAUCAUUCUUUUUAUAAUGUGUUGUCCAUCUGCAAGCAAUAAAAAUUGUAUUAAAUGAAA